AUAAACUUUCAGCUUCCAAAUUGGCUAUUAAUACUACGUGGUCUAAAUAUAUUAAUAACCCUAAAAUCUCCAAAAACAAUAAACUAAAAAUAUUUCAAUCUGCUUCUCGGUCCAUAAUGUUUUAUGCCGCCCAAAUCUGGGGCUAUACCAAAUAUGAUAUAGUCGAAAAACUCUUCAGAUUUUUUAUUAAAAAGAUGCUAUAUCUUCCUCGCACAACGCCAAACUACAUGUUACAUCUAGAAACUGGUCUGGACUCUUUAUAUAUUUCGACUCUAAAACUCCAUUUUGCAUAUAUAAAUAAAGUACUAAAUAUGCAUUCACAAAGGUUACCACGUAUCCUUGCACAAGCUGUCAUAUCACAAAAUGUUUUCUGGGCUAACGAGUGGACACUUAUCAGUCGAUCCCUACAAUUUAUACCUGAAAAUAACAAUAACCCUCUUUGUACAUACAGUAAUAUAAUAGUUGAGCUAAUGAAAACAAAAGAACACGAAUAUUCAACUCGUGCUACUUGCCUGCUUAUGAAAGUGAGAUGUGGUUUACUUAAUUUAAAUGGAAGAGCUUACUGUACAAAUAUAGAUACCAGCUGUACUAUGUGUAAUUUAGAUGAAGUGGAGAACACCUACCACUUUAUAGGUGUUUGUCCAAUUUAUAAAGACAUUAGGAAAUACUUCUUUGGGAAAAUUCACCUUUACUUAUACGAAGUUCUAAAUUUACUAAAUGGCUCUAAUUUUUAUUCUCUCUAUAAAUAUACUGAAUCAGCAUUAAGGUAUCGUAUGUUAAUUGCAAAUGAAUUCAAUGCAUAG